GGGAGGGAUUAAACUUCCACAUAAAGAGGGGUUGAGUUUGAGGAAGUGUAAGGCGGCACAUGAACGUUGUCAUAUCAGUUCACUGUCUCAAGAUGUUGAGGAUCAUGCUGUGUCUGUUGAUGGUGGUGUUUGUGUGCGCAUAUCCAAACGAGCUCAUAAACAACCAAGUUCCAGAACAAAAACUUGUCCACUGUGACAACUAUUACACCUGCCCUGAUGGCACCACCUGCUGCAGACACCCACAAGGUGUCUGGUUCUGUUGCCCAUAUUCUCCUGGCCGCUGCUGUCUGGAUGGCUACCACUGUUGUCCUUAUGGCUUCGACUGUGACCUGACUUACACGCAUUGUUUAAGACAGAACCUGAGAUAUCCUUUCACUCCUAAACAAGCUUUUUCAUCAGUCCCCGCCUCUCUUAUUUCUCCUCCAGACGAUGAAGCCAGUGCUCCGAAGACACCUAUGACAGCUCUAAUUGAAGCCAGUGGUGGUGCUGCCAACGCUGAAGUCAUCCGCUGUGACUCCAGGUUUUACUGCCCACAAGAAACAUCAUGCUGCAAGGAUGUGACAGGCCAGUGGAGCUGCUGCCCUUAUCCACUGGGCCAGUGUUGCAAAGAUGGACGGCACUGCUGUCAGUAUGGAUAUACCUGCGACCCCAGCUCCAUUUCAUGCAGGAGAUUCUACUCUCAGGUCCCCUCCGGCGACCGGAAACAAGUGCAAACAGUCUGAGGACACAUUGACAAAUAUUUGUGAUGAUCCGGUUCAUUGUCUUAUACUCAUUUCAGAUCAAAUCAAAUAAUAAUAACUGUGUGCCUGAAUUUAAAAAUGAACUGGCUUGAUCCAGAAUCACUCGCAUGGAUCAAUAAUUAGGUCAUUUGAUUGUUCCUAAUACUCAUAGUCUAUCUUGUUUUGAGUGAACAGUACUAUUUUUUCCCAUCUCAAGUUGUGCAGUCAAUUAAAUGCAUUAAAGCUGAAAUUAAAUGAG